GAAGUCCACGAUCUGCUGAGUGACUAUGAGCUGAAAUACUGCUUUGUGGACAAAUACAAAGGGACUGCGUUUGUCACCUUGCUCAACGGGGAACAGGCGGAAUCGGCCAUCAAAAAAUUCCACCUGAGCAAACUCCGGGAGAAGGAGAUUUCGGUGCAGCUGCAGCCUACGGAUGCCCUCCUGUGUAUCGCCAACCUCCCCCAACUCUACACCCAGCAACAAUUCGAGGAGCUGGUCCGACCUUUUGGCAACCUGGAACGUUGUUUCCUGGUCUACAGUGAAAAAACGGGACACUCCAAAGGUUACGGAUUUGUGGAAUAUAUGAAAAAGGAUUCGGCGUCCAGAGCCAAGUCGGAUCUGCUGGGGAAGCAGCUGGGCACACGGACUCUCUACGUCCACUGGACGGACGUCAACCAGUUGACGUUAGAACUUCUCCAUUCCAAGUGCUUGUGCGUCGACAAGCUGCCCCACAACUACGCCGACGUCGAGGAGCUGCGGCAGGUCUUCUCCGCCGCCUGCGCUCCCACUUUUUGCCAGCUGGCCUAUGGUCAGGACGGGCAGCUGAAAGGUUUCGCGGUCCUGGAGUACGAGUCGGCGGAGAUGGCAGAGAUGGUUCAACAGGCUACGGACGGUUUGCCGCUCGCUGGGAAUCACGUCCGAGUCUCCUUUUGCGCUCCUGGCCCUCCCGGUCGCAGCAUGUUGGCUGCCCUGAUUGCCGCGCAGGCGACGGCGCUGAAUCGUGGGAAAGGGCUCCUCCCCGAGCCGAAUAUCCUCCAAAUUCUCAACAGCCUGGGAAACCCCGCUUCCCUCCAGCUGCUGCUCAACCCCCUGCUCCACGGGGCCGUUGGAGGAAAACAGGGAAUCCUCGGCGCCGCUCCCUCCGUGCCGCUGGUGACCAACCCGGCCCUCUCCACCGCUCUCCUCCAACUCGCGCUUCAGAACCAAACCCAAGCGCAGCAGGUCUCGCUCCUGGGGGAGCCCCCCAAAGAUUUCAAGAUUCCUCUCAACCCCUACCUGAACCUGCACAGCCUCUUGCCGGCAAACAGCCUGGGCGGUGCCGCUAACAAAGGGUUUAAUCUGAAAGCCGGCGUUUUGGGGAGCGUCUCCAACCCCCGGAUCUCCCAACCCUCCUUGGCCGAUCCGCUCCUACCCUCGCCUGGGCUGGCUGGAGACGGGCACGCCUUUG